GUAUUUUCCAAUAUUUAUUAGCACCAUGAAAUCAGGAACAUAGUAAGUUUUUAUUUAUAUUGUAUGACAUUUUGAAUUACAAGUACAUUAACGUAACGCUUUUCAAAAACUUUUUUGGCUCAAAUAUGAACAGCUUUUUAACGCAGUGUAAGGUCUUUGUUGUCCAUCAAUAUCGACGCUCAUUAAACCAACCCUGCGAAAGUUAUUCACACUGGCUGCCGUAAACAUAAAUUUAAGCUGUAGCUUCCCGUAAAAUCCCUUUACAUGGUAUAUGUAUAGUGUUUUUUUUGCGCUGCCACAAACACUGGGUGCCACCACAAUGUGUUUUAUAAUACAGGGGCACUGUGGUAGGUGAGUACACCCUUGUUUUAACCUCUAAACAGCCAGAAGCGUAACUCUUAGCAUUAAAACAGCUAUGGCCAAACAUGCAGUGCUGUCGUCGGGAACAAAAAUGUGGAGAUCUCUGGCUUGUGCAAAAUCAGAGCUGCGUCUGGAUCUCACUCUUGCCUGUGGACAGUCUUUCCGCUGGAGAGAAACUGCAGAAGGCCACUGGACCGGAGUGAUGGGAGGACGAGUUUGGACUCUGGCUCAAACAGAUGACACCCUGUGGUACCACGUUUACAAAAACCAAGACAGGCAGGGGGAGGGAAGAGACAGGAAGACGACAACUGGUGUUUUUCUCUCAAAAAAGUCAGAGAAGAGAUUCAAAGGAGCUUUGAAGAAGGAGGAGGAGGAGCUGGUGGCUGUGACUUUAGUGCAGGACACUGAGGAGGAAGAACAGAUGUUGAGAGAUUACUUCCAGCUGAAUGUGAAGCUGGGGGAUCUGUACAAGGAAUGGGGAGCUGCGGACCCCCACUUCAAGCACAUUGCAGACAUCUUCACAGGUGUGCGAAUGCUGCGGCAAGAACCCACUGAAUGCCUGUUUUCCUUCAUCUGCACCUCCAACAACCACAUCUCUCGCAUACAGGGCAUGGUGGAGAGGCUGUGCCAGGCUCUGGGCACCCCACUGUGUCAACUCGAUCACACCUCUUACUACAAUUUCCCUUCCCUGUCUGCGCUGGCAGACAACAGUGUAGAGGCGCGUCUAAGGGAUCUUGGUUUUGGAUACAGGGCUCGGUUCCUUCAGCAGAGUGCAAAGCAGAUUUUGGACACCCACGGGCUCCAGUGGCUUGAGGAUCUACGCAGUGCCCCAUAUCUGCAGGCCCGUGACGCUCUGCGCACUCUCCCCGGUGUGGGCACCAAGGUGGCGGACUGUGUAUGUCUGAUGUCCCUGGAUAAGGCAGAGGCUGUUCCUAUAGACACACAUGUGUGGCAGAUUGCUAAACGUGACUACAACUACACUUCUGGCAACGGACAAAAGAGCAUCACAGAUAAACUUCACAGAGAUAUUGGGGAUUUUUUCAGAAAGCUCUGGGGUCCACAUGCAGGCUGGGCACACUCGGUGUUGUUCUGCGCUGAUCUCAAGAAGUUCCAAAAGCUGAAAGAAAUGCCACAUGUGAAGCAGCCACAGAAAGAAGAAAAUGGUGGAGAAGAAACACAGGUGGCAUGCAAAACAAAAACAAAGAUUAAGAGAGAAGAAACUGAAGCUGUGAAGACUAUCAAAACCAAGAAAGCAAAGAUGUGUGUCUAGAAUGAUAGAGUGGUAUGAAGUAAACACACUUACUACGUGAGGACUCACAUCAGAUUAUAAUACCACACAUUUUUCACAAACUUUGUCCAACUUCAUUUAAGAAAUCAAAUUAAGUGAAGUUUAAAAAAAAUGACCAGGUCUGAAUUCUCAGGGUCUUUGCUCACAUGUGUUUAUGUUGUUUACUGUGUCUACUUUCUUAUGAGCUCACUACUACAGCACACUGAAGUGCUUUUUCUGACAAAAAAGACAAAAUACUUGUGUGCUAUUUUUUUGUGCGUCUAUUUUGACAGAAAACGUCCAUAUUAGCUCAGUCAACAAGCCCUCUGAAACCGUCACUAUCAUAUUCUCACUUUUGCCAGACGUUGCCAGAAAAGGCCAGUAGGUGGCAGUAUAAAUUCAAAGAUAUCCCUCUGCAUGAUAAUGUCACAUAGUAGGUAAUUUACUUUAGCCAGUUUUUAUUUGAGAACAAACUUUAUUAAUUCCCCGGGUGAAUACUUUCUGUGAAGCCCUGUGGCUCCUGUUACACCAUGUACCCAACUCGUCAUGACAUCUGCAUGCAUGGAUGAAAAGGUCACACAGCAACAAAAUGGUAUGUUGUGUUUCUUCGGUGCAUACCCUGCAUCAAAAUAGUACGUCUGUCUGCAGGCUCAUAAAAAGCUGUUUUGGUUGCGUGGCUGUGAAGUGCCGUGGUAUUCGUAUAUUUAUCUAUAGGCAUUGGUUGACUGUGUCAGCUGGUCUUUUUAUAGCAUGGAUUGCAGUUAUCUGCUGUCACUUCUGGGGGCCAGCGUGACUGUCUCUGGUGACAACUUGGACGUGUCUCUUGGGGUGUUUGACUUAUUUCUGUCCCUUUACGGCAAUGGCCGAGUAAUAUUUUCAUCUGUUUAAAAUAUAUGGAGAGAAAUCAUUUAAAAAUGUGGCAACAGCUUACAUGGAGAGCAAACCUCUUUCUGGCUAUAAUUUGAAAGACAUUUUUCUGAGAGUAAGUGAGCAGGUGCACCAUGUGUGUAGUUGUUGCACUGCAUAUGCGCAUGUCUUACAUCCAUAGUUGUUUAUUUGUGGCAGUGUGUGCAGCCAUGCGUGUUGAUGAAUAUGUGAGUCAGCUUUCAUCCCCACUCCAGUUGAGUUGGACAGAGGCUGGGGUCCAGCUUUAGGGCAGAGUCACUGUGGACUGGAAGAAGAGCAGGGUAAAAAUAGACUUGAGAGAACAGGAAAAUAUAUAUUUUUUUAAAGACAAAGAGGUGAAAGUGUGCUAGAGGUGGGGACAUGAAUUUUAAAGGAAAAAGCCAUGUGCACACGCAUGUUGACACACAAAGGCUAAAACAGCCCAACAGUGGUCUGCGCGUUAUGCAAGAGAUGGGUCUCAGCUUGUGUUAUUCCCUCAGGAACUGUUCAGUCGAAAGGACGUCUCUCAGAAUGCAUGUGCAGGCAGCAGGGGGCGCCACUCCUAGAGCUCCAGCAAUCAAGGAAGGCUUCUAUUUCUAGAUAUGCAGCUGCAAGAUUGAAUUCAUUUGACUCUUGAGUGACGUGACGGGAGAGGUGGUUUUGUGAUGGAUGAGUUGGAGGGAUGUGUUUGUGGACUCAAAAUCAAGUGUUGAUGAUACACAGAAAAUCCCUAAUUCCUAUAUGGAGUUUUAGACAUAUAUAGAUAUUAUAUUAUAUUGACACGUCGACAUGUGUCAUGAUAUUACUCGUUGUCUGGAAAAUCAUUAGAAAAACUGUUGUUAAAUAAAACAGCCAGACGGUUGUUUUUGGCUAAUCUGGUGAAGUAAAUGAAUGACAAAUGAAAGUACAUCAUUAUACUGAUUGAGAAAUGAUGCAAAAAUCCUGCAUUGUCUUAUUGAUUCACAACAUUGCCCACAAUGGCCUUAUACAAGAAGAGAUAUUAAAGAGAUAUCAUGAUAUAAAUGGUGAGACAGAUGUGCAUUUGUAAUAGAUUCUAUAUUGUACAUCGUCUUGUACGGAUUGAAGGUGCUUCAAUGGAGUUAUGUGCAGUACAGUACUGGGAAUAACAAUACAGUGAAUCUACACUCAGUGGCCACUCUAUUAGGUGCAAUUUAUUGCAAUUCAAUAUAACAGCUCUUCUACUGAUAUGAAGUUUAUCAUGUUCAAUAUUUGUUGACAUUGUCUGACAUGUGAAUUCAAUUGAUUAUUAUUGGUGUUGCACUGAACUACAUUAAACUGAGAGUUUUCUUUUUCUCCUUUUGUCCUCCCUAUAUACAUACAUGAAACAUCUCUCAAUGUAAUACAGUCCAGUGCAACACCACCACUAACUACACCUCAGUACUAAAAUAUAGAAUUUAAUGAACACGUCUAUGACAGUGCCAACAAAAAGUGAUCAUUAUAGACACCAUCAAAGUAGACUUUGUGGCAGAACAGUUGUGUUGAAUUACCACUGAUUGUACAGGUGUGCCUAAUAAAAUGGCCAAGUGUGUGUAUACCAACAGUUAUUUAAAAAUAUGGGAACAUAUGUCUAGGUAUGUAAUAAACAUUAAUGUAUGAAUAGUAAUAAUAGUAAUAUUUGAAAGUGUAAAUCUCUAUCUUAUAUUUUUUAGAUGUAUAAUCAUGUUGACAUUUCUGUUAAAGCUGGCCAUAUUUGUGAAAGGGAUACAUUUUCUUCAUUAUCAAUGUCAUUUUUUUUCAUAUCCAGGUUCUGAGUAGGAUUCUCUUCUCUGUGAGCCCAAAAAUAGUCUCAAUGCUCAUCCACUCUGUCUCCCACUUAAAGUGAUGGAUGUUAUUAUUCCUGAGUAAUAACAGAUGUAUUAUAUAACAGUAUCUGAUACAAUACCUAAGAUGGAUAAAAUUUAAAGAGACGUGUGUUGAUUCGCCUUAGAUGUGGUGAAACCCGAGGCUGCUGUGGGGGAGCCUGAGGGACGGGGAGAGCAGUCCCCACAUGGAAGUCUGUCUUUGGGGCCCAGAGUUGGGGAGAUUAUUCUUUGGUGUCUAGACAACCAUAGGCUGAGGGGAAGCCACAGAGAGAAAGAGAGAAAGCUGGCAUAGGUAUUAUAGAUCUUAAGCUUUUCUGACUCAUGUGUGUGGAUGGAUGUUAGCAUAUGAAUGUCCUGGCUGUUCUGAAUGAAAGAGGCUUAUUUGUGGAGAAAAUUAAUAGUUUCGUCCAUCUGAUAGGAUCCCCCCUUGGCUGGCUGUGAUUAAGGUUCAACGCCUUAUAGAUCGGUAGGAAGAAACAGUUCCGUCUGCUCCAGAGUUAAAUUUCAGUCCCUAUAGGAUCAAUUCAAAUGACUAAGUGGAAUGUAUUCACCACAUUCCUGGACAAAGAUGGUGUAGAAACACUAUCCACGGUACACAUGGGUGUGGGGAGUUCCAUGUGUGGUUUUGGUGUGUGUCUGUCUCAGCGCAGCCAACUCCCUCCUUUUUAAGAAUUUGUUCAUUUAGCAGGCUUUAAAUACUGCUCCCCUCGCUUUAUUUAAAGCCUGCUAAAAACUCCCCAUAUGAAUCAAGAGCUGUCAGUCAAAGGCGAUAUCCCUGUAAGUUACUGGGUUGACCUGCUUUAAUUUAAGAUAAGUAGGACAUGAAAGCAGACUCAAGUUUGAGUUAUUUUAUUCACAGUUUUAAGGUAAAUAAUUCAAAACGAGAAGCACAACGUAGCUUAGAACAGAGAUGACAGAUAAGAAUGAUUAUCUUAAAAAUCUGAGGAGGAGGACCACAACUGGUGAGGCUUCUGUGUGUCAUGAUGUACAGUCACCUGCUAGAAACUGCUUGUCAAAACUGGCUUUGAGGAUUUAUCCUAUGACUAAUUAUCAACAGAGGACAAAUCCAUCUCGUGUUAGGGCAUUAAAGGUCCUGUAGGAUUCACUGGCAUCUAGUGGUGAGGUUGCACACCCCUCUAUUCACCCCUCUCUUUUCAAGCGUGUGAUUGCGUGAUCAGCAACUGGUGGCAUGUGGGCCACAUCUGGCCUGCCCAAGCUUCCCAUCUGAAUUCAGAAAAUGAGCACAUCUAGUGUUACUCACCGAUGGAAGAGGCCCAGGCCAUCCUAAAAGUGAUCCUCAAUUGUCAUGCCAACCCAUGGCAAUGAGCCAAAAAGUACGUAGUGGUUCGCCCGUCCAUCCUCUCUACCCCCUGGACCCACCGUGCUCAGCUCCCAGGCUGGCCAUUCCUUGCAGCCGACAGCAUCGCGCUGGCCAGGCGGCAAGGGUGUAGUUCGAGAAUCACUAAGAUUGAGUCUCAAACUCAACAGAGUAUUUGUUUAAAUAAGAACUCAUUCAUUGGUAGUUGAACAGCAGCUUUUGUGUUGAGGACUGACUCUGUGUGCCGACACUGAUAUAGGCUCAUGAUUCUUAGUUUCAGGUGAUUAUACACUAUGAAAACAUCAUUCUGAAUAUUACAUCCCAUCUGUGGCAAUAGAUCCUCCCAAAUCCUACAUUGUGGUCCUUUAAUUUGAAUUUUUAUUCAGUUUUAUGUAGCGGCUGUUGGAGUUCUGUCCCUGCUGAGCUCACACUUAUUUCAAACAACACCUGUUAAAACGUUCAGAUGAGCACGAGAAGAAAGGCUCCUCAGGGCCAUUUUGCAUUGUUUGAGAAUGUCAGAUGAAUCAAACCCCCUCUGGUACACUGGAUUACAGUAAUCUUAUUACAGCAGCAACAUAGCUGGAUAACAAUCAGUUCAUAUGGUAAACACUUCAGGGGGUGAGCAGCAGAUAACAAGUGCACACACAAUAAAUGCCAACAUGUGCUAAUCAUGUAAAUUACGUGAUAUCUCUUUGCAUUUCCUACUCUUAUAUAUUAUUCUAUAAAUAUAGGGUUUGAUUUCUAAUCCCCUACCUAUAGAAUAUUAGUCAUAAUCCAUGUGCAAUAAUGGCUUUAUCAUCUUGAACUGUUCCCGCUCCUCCUGUCCAACCCCCUCAGUGUCUCUCCUGCUGGCUCAGUAGUAAUGUAAUGGCAUUAGGACAAUCCUCUGAGCUGCACAGGUUAUUUUAGGACUCAACUGUACAGUGAGUGCACUCUAAUGAAAGUGACAA